AUGGCCAGCAGGAAGUCAAGUCCUUAUCACUUGCCAUGCGAUGGCUGCAUUUCCAAAGUUUCGACUCACAAGAGACGUGUUGUCCAACAACCCAAGACCAAUCAAAACUCAACCCUCAGAUUAUCUGAAAUGUCCGAAAGACCUCCAAAGAAUGUGAAGGGUACGGGUUGUCUAACUCUCACUUAUGAAGCUGGUUCCUAUUACUUACAAAAAAUUCCCACAGUGAUGCUAUGGCGAAGUGCAUUUCGUUCAAUAUUGACCCAUCUCAAUAUCAUGGCAAUCGUAGCUAUAUGGCUUGCUGGUCAAUAUCCAACAGGAUGUUUUUCAGAAUCUCUGAAACACUGGACUCCCGAAUUUCUACCAAGUGCAUGGGGAAACAUUAUUCAAUCUCCUAUUAUCUGUUGUAUCUUUGAGACCUGA